AUGAUACAUCUAGACGGCAGCACACUCGAGGGCGGUGGUCAGCUAGUACGCAUCGCCGUCGCCAUAUCUGCCUUGACCGGACAACCACUGCACAUCAGCCACAUACGUGCAAACCGAAGCGGCUCGAAGGGGUUAAAAGCUUCGCAUUGUGCUGCCAUCAGAUUCUUACUGGAUGUCUGUGGAGGGACUGCGGCAGGAAAUCAGGUCGGACGCCAUGAAAUCACAAUAUAUCCCAGGGGACAGCAAACGGGAGACGGUUCACAAAACGAGAGGGAUUCAGAUGUGAUAGAGACGGCUGUGUCGUUACAGCAAUUGUCGCUCGGUUUGAUGCACUAUCCACCGCGUGUCACGGUUAAACCUGAGUAUGACAUUCGGCUAUCAACUCCAGGGUCGGUCUUCUUGAUUUUCCAAGCUCUAUAUCCGUAUCUGCUGUUUGCCGACGUGUGCACGUCGACCAUAGAACCCACUGGUGCUUCGGGCACAACACGGGAGCCUCAAAAGGAAAUACUGCUAAACAUCACUGGCGGCACUCAUGUGUCGUUCUCUCCGUCGUACGAUUAUAUGUCCCAAGUCCUUAUUCCAAACUUUGCGAAGCUGGGCCUCCCGCCAUUAUCCUUGAAACUGAAGAAGCGAGGAUGGGCAUCAGGUCAAUGGGCCGAAUUAGGAACUGUGUCGUUCGUUAUUUCGCCACUAUCGGCAAAUGGAGUGGCAGAGUCGGACGCUUUAUCACCGUCGCACAGCGGUGGCGGAGCUCAAGUUGAAACAACCCCAGUAAUAUUCCCGAGCAUAGAGCUUGAGACGUUUGACAAAGGAUUUAUCACGCAGAUAGACGUUACAGUUCUUGCACCGGAUACCCUCGCACAGAAGCUUCUAAAGGAACUUUCUGCAAAAUCUGCUAAGGGACGCAAUCGGGACAAGAAAUUGCAGAAGAAAGCUGUCUCCUGUCAUGACGCGUUCGGAGACCGAAACCCGUAUGGAGACCAGAAUGAUUCAGAAGAAGGAGACAAGCAUAUCAACGCCGGGGGCGAAUCCUUUAUGGGUGAUGCUUGUAAUAUGAAGCAAGGACCACCUCAAACCGCUCGAGAUUUCGUUAUGCUGCAAACCAUCAGGGCCCUAUCAAGAGAGCUCGCCCGCCGGGCCGGGGAACAAAGCGUGGCGGCUAGGCUAGGGAUAGACGCAGAGGACGAUAGGAUGCAAUCAAAUAUUGUUGGUGACGUGGUUAUUAAUUUGCAUGCAUCAGAGGCAACGUCUCACUACUCACAGACCUAUAUCCUCCUAGUUGCGCACACAUCGACCGGGUUUCGACUAGGAAGGGAUGCACUCUAUUCGUCCUUCCACAACCGGCCAAGCAAGAGGAAUGGCAAACAGGAAAAAACCGGAAAGGGACCAAAAUCCGGUGAAGAAACUGAUAAUAUUCUCCUAAGGAUGAAGGGGAUGAUUGGUCAAUGUGUGACAGAUCUUAUGGAUGAAUUUGAAAGCCAUCCAGGAGACCAGGGGGAGGACAGGCGGAAAAUCCUGCCCAAGAAGGCAGUUGAUGUAUAUAUGAGGGAUCAGCUCGUUGUAUUUGAAGCGCUUGGGAGAUUGACACAUUCGCGUCCUCAUCUAUCGACGGACGGGGAGCGGGAUGAGGAGGGAGUAAGCCUCCACACUCGAACUGCAAGGUGGUCAUGCGGCAAUGAGGCCCUAAUUCAUAGGUCAAUGGUAUCGGGCUGUUGGCUCAACGGCCUGCGUGGCGCUGUUGGCGAUAUCAACAAAAUAUUAUCAACCAUCGAAAGCUCAGGCAUUCGCUCUGCCCUGCAAUGGAUGUUUAUUCGUUUAUUAUUACGGAGAACACUGAAAGGGUAG